AUGAGGACGAAAUCGGAGGGGUCAGUCUGGUGCCUGCAGCCUCAGAGACAGUUGUGCGCCGGGUGUCUAGACGUGCUGGGUCUUCGUGAGGGUGACCACCUGUGCCGAUGCAGUCUACCACCGUCUAGCCGUCUUUUCCUGCUGCUUACGGAUUCUUAUCCUACCUGCUGUGCCAUAAGAGCCUCUUUCCACACGUCGUACGAGAAGGCGUGCCGCCGCGGCAGCGCUCCCGCCACGCCCGUGCUGGGCACGCGGGCCCUCGAGCUCACGCCGUCGCGAAUUGUGAACUUCUUCUCGAAGCGCUCCUUCCGGUCCAACCCGCUGAAGCGGACCAAGAGCGUGACGAAGCUCGAGCGCAAGAGGGUGCUAGACGCCGACGGGAACCCCGUCGCGGGCCCCGGCGGACGCGCAGGGCUGCGCACCAGCCGCAGCCACGAGUCGCUACUGGGCGGGCCCGGCGCCAUGACCACGCUGGAGCUGGCGGGCCACACGGUGGUGAAACCGCUGCACCCGUCCGUGCUGGGCCGCGAGCACUGCUUCGAGGUGACGCCGGCCGCCGGCCCGCCGCGCUACUUCUGCUGCCGCUCGGCGCGCGAACGCGACCGCUGGGUGCACAGCUUGCGAAAAUCAGUGCAACCUGAUGCAGAGCAUGUCAGACGCACAGACAACUCAUUGAAAAUAUGGAUUCUUGAAGCUAAGGGUGUGCCAAACAAGAAAAGGUACUUCUGUGAACUUUGUCUCGACAAGACUCUCUAUGCUCGAACAUCAAGCAAGCAAAAGGGUGAAUUAUGUUUCUGGGGAGAACACUUUGACUUUUAUCAUCUACCUGCUGUUAAUGUUAUCAAUGUCAGUCUCUUCCGGGAACCUGACCGUAAGAAGAAGAGAGACCGCAAUACAUUAGUUGGUACUGUGAGUAUUCCAGUACAUGAUGUGGCUGGCCCUUUCUUAACAGAGCGUUGGUACCCUGUUUUGGGUGAAAAAGGCUCGACAAAUUCAUCCGGUGGCAAGGAGCCUCCUUCUCUUAGAGUAAAGUGUCGUUUUCAGUCUGUGGAAAUUUUACCAGUUCAUGUCUAUGCAGAUUUCCUCCAGUUUUUAAAAUUGGAGUAUUCAUCUUUAUGUGAACUCCUUGAGCCAGUAAUAUCAGUUAAAGCUAAGGAAGAUAUAGCAACUGCUCUUGUUCAUGUAAUGCAACGAGAAGGUGUAGCUCGGCAGUUUCUUGCAGAUCUUGUUAUGAUGGAUAUCGAUAGAGUUGAGGAUGAGCGGCUGACUUUCCGAGGCAACUCAUUGGCUACCAAAGCCAUGGAAGCGUACCUGAAACUGGUGGGAGACCGUUACCUGCAAGAUACUCUGGGUGAGUUGGUGGCAGCUGUAUUGGAUGACGGGCAAGAUUGUGAAGUAGAUCCACUCAAAGUGGCCAGCACAGGAGCUCUUCAGCGCCAACAGGCAAAUUUGCGCAAUGCAGUAGAAACAGCCUGGAAUCGCAUCCUGGCAUCUCACCAACAUUUCCCUGUAGAACUGCGAGAGUGCUUUGCAACAUUACGGGAACGCUUAGCAGCAACAGGCAGGGAAGAUUUAGCUGACAAUUUAAUAUCGGCUUCAAUUUUCUUGCGCUUUUUAUGUCCUGCAGUGCUCUCUCCAAGCUUAUUCAAUAUUACCCAUGAAUAUCCAAAUGAAAAGGCAGCCCGAAACCUGACAUUGGUGGCCAAGACUUUGCAGACACUGGCAAAUUUCACUCGUUUUCAGGGCAAAGAGAACUUCAUGGAAUUUUUGAAUGAUUUUCUUGAAAGAGAAGCUCCUGGCAUGCGCACGUUCCUGCAGCUUAUCUCUAGUCGAGGUUCACCUUCUUCAGGUCUUGAGUUUGAUGGUCAUAUUGACUUGGGUAAACAACUCAGUUUGUUAGCUGCCUUAUUGGCAGAAAGCUUGAGUAAACUUGGUCCCAAUACAGUGAAUCGGCCAGAAGUCGAACGCUUGCGCCAGGUUCUUGAUAAGGUGCGAGCUGCCCAUCAAGCCACUCCCACAUCAAUGAAUGUCAGUAACGGCACAGUCCUUAGCCGACAGCUGAGUGCACCUCCGCCUCCAACUGACAUGAAUGGGUACAACCAUCGCGAUAAUAUUUUCAGAUAUAAUGAUCCCACUGUGUGCAAUACUGGAGUGGGUCAACCUUACUCACCGGUGAUGCAGAACAAUGAAAUGAUGAGUACUUCUGUGCAUUUGGGUGGAGCAUCAUCACCCCGUUCCCCUACAGCUCCAAGAGCUGCCACUUUACCUCGUAAUGCUUUCUUGCCAAAGUUGACUAUGUCCAGCAGCACUCCACCACCUGGAAAUGAAGACUGUUGCCAUAUGCAUCAUAUGCAUCACCAUCAUCACCAUCAACAGGAUCAUGUUGUUGGUGGAUACAGAGGAGGUGGUUCUUUGGCUAAUGGUUUGAAUGGCAAUGUUGGAAAUGGUUUGGAUGAACUGUCUGCAGCUUUACAGUAUGCAGAUGAAGAAGCAGAACCAUUGAAAGGUUCUACGUCAGCUCCUUUAUCUUUCACCAAUCCUGUGUAUCAUCUAGAAAUGGCACAUGGGAGGCAUCACCGCAGCCACUCCUGUUCUUCUUCAUCAGAGGAUGCCACAGCUCCUCCUGCUACACCAACUCCUCCUCCUGCGAGGCGAUGCGCUCCUCGCACCAAUCCUCAAUGCCCACCCCCUGGUGCUAGCAAUUGGAGGCCUUUUAAUGGCCACCCUCAUCCCUUGUGUGAUUAUAACUCUCGAGCUCCAAGUGCUGCAAGUAUGGUUGAGGGAAGUCGAUUGGAGUGUUGUCCCAAAGUUCGAGGCCGCCGACUCUCAUUGGAUUCUCCUCGUGACCUUAGCGAUUCAUCUGAUGACAAUUCAUGCCAUAGUCGACGCAGCAAGCCACGACACCCUACCGCUCGCAGCAUCGAGCAGGUGCGGCCUUCAAUAUAUGAACGAGAGAUAGAACGACUGCAGGCCAGCGUGGAAUUGCUGAAAAUCAAAUUGGAACAAGCGGAACAGAGGCCUGGUUCUUCCACGCUUAGUUCUCCUGAUCUGGAUGACAGACAUAGUGACAACAAAAUGAAAGGCAUCAUUGCACGGCUCAUCACUGUAGAAGAAGAGCUACGUCGUGAGCAGCAAAAGAUGUCAGAUGCUUUGUCCCAUAAGCAGAGAGUGAUUGAAGCCCAAGAGCACCAAAUCGCUGCUUUGGAUGCAGCCAAUGGCCGCCUUCUAGCUGCUCUUACUGCUUUAAAGGAACGCUACUUGUUACGCACCGGUGAAGCUCGUUUGCUGGCAGAAUUGGGUGAUUUGAAGAGCUCAUCUUGUUGAAUGAUCCGAAUGUGAUCGUAAUAGUAUUUUCUGUUCAAAAGACUUCUGUAUUCUGAAGAUAUCUCAUUUUAAAAAUAGUUGACAGAGACAAUUUCUGUGUACCUAUAUGUUUAUAAGUGAAGGAGAGACUGUUCACAGUAUGUUCUUCAUUUUACCAAAGAUUAGUUAUCUCAAAAUUUAGAAGUAAUGUUAAUUGUAUGUAAUGUUUUGUGUGUGUAAUUUUCUUCUUAAAAAUAUACUUCUAGAUAUUUCUCAUAAAUGUCAUGGCAACAAGUGUGGUAGUGUUUCUAUUGUAUAUUCACUCUAGUUUGAGGUGCUUGCCAUGAUUUCACUAAAUAUAUUUCAUCAAAAAAUUUAUUAUUAUAUUGUGUAGUUCACUACCAUUACAUGUAGAAAUAAUUGGUGUUACAUUGUAUGAUAGAUGUCACGGAAAAUUUUGUAGAAUUAAUAACGAUUUUAAUUAAUUACGAAAGCACAGGUUGAACAUAAGUUUUAUUAUGAAUGGAAAUAUAUGCAACAUACGAAGUAUAAUACUUCAUUGGUUGGUUAUUUUGCUGUGAGGGACAGUACAAGUGUUCACGCCUGUGUGAGAAGUAGGUUUUAGAAAAAAAGUAUUAUUUGCAGUGUAGAUUUAAAUGUGAGUUAGUACAGAUAAUACUUGUCAUUUCUUUCAUACACUCAUUUAAAUAUAUCGCUUUAACUUCAAAGAAACCAUGAAUAUUAUUCAUUUUCAUUAAAAAUAAAGUAAAUUAUGUAGAAAAAAGAUGUGCUUUUGCAAUGGACAUUAAAAUAUGCUUUCAUGUACUUUCAAUUAGAAAGUUUGAACAAGUAUUAUUGUAGCAAAUUUUAUGCAUUUAUGUUAUUUUCUAUUAUAAUUUUUAUUACUUUGAUCACUGUAGAUUACCUUGUUACAAAGAAUUUUUACUAGGAAUAUUACUGUGCAUUAUCCAUGUUCAUACAUUUAGUCAAAUAUAGAAAUAAUUCACUUAAAUAUUGAACAAAAAAGAAAAAAGAAAAGCCAGAAUCACAUACAUCAGUUUUUGCAUGUUAAAUCUGAAGAGAGAUGUGCAUAAUACACAAAUAUGACAUUAAAUAAUUUCUCUUUAACAAAAGAACACAUUGGGCUUCAGUGAUUGAUAACUUGCCAAUUAUAAAAAGGCAUUAUCAUAAGAAAUUAUGUGUGUAUUGAUGUGGAAUAUUCUCUAGUGCAAUGCUAUGUGCAUGGUGUCAAAUAUAGUCUUAUGCUGUAUUGUACAUUAUAUCUGUUUGUACCAAUUCGUGUAGAGCAUAAGUGUGGCUUGUACAAAGGCAACUGCUGUAUGUUACAUGGUAUGUAAACCAAAUGCUACUGUGCACAGUAUUCUACAGAAUAUAAUGCAGUAAUUUAUUCUCUACUCCAAUGUUGUUUUUUGUUAAAACUCCUUGUCCUUCUUAACUCUAUUCCUGGGGUUACAUAAUUGCAAAAAGAACUAAUUAUUUAUGAUUUUUUUAUUAAGGAACACAAUACAGAGAUAUUAUUUAUUUCAACAAUAAUUUUGGAUACUAUGUGAAAUAAGGGGAUAAAACGAGAUUUAAUUAUUUGAUGAAAUUUUUUCCUAAACUCUUUCAUCAUGUUCAUUACUAAUUGGUAUCACUGGAUAAAUGGUUUAAAUUGCAUAUUGUAGUAAACAAUACCUUGGGUACUGAUUAGUCUAUUGGAUUAUCAAGAAUGAUCUACUGAAUUUCUGUUAACAUCAUAUGACUUCUCAUGACAAAAGAAUAAAAAAAAAA